CGUCAGAGCGAGUAGCUGGAUAUUCGGAUUCUUAUGUCCUAUUCUCUUCUUGAGCGAUCGCAUGGCAUCCUUAGCUGGCACCGCUUUGCUGCGAAUACGGUCGCAAAUGUCGAGGUUGAGCGCCAAGUCUUCUGAACCAGCGGGCAGAUCUGGGGAUGUCGCCUUUUCCACCAGCUCAUCCAGCGGGUUACUUGCAAACCAAGACAUACUAUUCUAUGCGCCUAGCGAAGAAGAAGACAGGAGCAGAGACGAGCUCAGUUGGUGUGUGGUGUCGCAGAUGACGAAUGCGUCGCCUCUUCAAACGCGCCAACCCACCACACAACAAAGAGAUCCGUCCAUAGCCCAGGGCUCCUUCAUUCAUGCCUUAGAAGUGCCCGAGCCUGCUAUGCGCGAGACCAGAUUUGAGGCCCUCAAGCGUAGAGGCCAGGUGGAUGCAGACAUCGAUGGCAUGCCUGUAGACUUCUGGCUCACAACUGCCAAGAAGCUUUACCGCAGCGCGCAAGUGUGCGAAGAGCGUGGCCAGCUAGAAGACGCUUUCCUAUUCUAUGCUCGAACCUAUGAUUUGAUGAGCGAGCGGAUACCACGUCAUCACGCGUAUGCGCAGUGGAAGACGACCAACAUCGAGGGUCGCAGGGAACUGAGUGAGUUUCGCAGUGUCCUGGCGGGUGAGAUUGAAUCUUAUGGAGCCUUGAUGAUGAAGCUCAAACGACAGCUAUCGGAUAGUGCUGAUGAACGGCCAGCGAGCUCAUCCUCUCAUCGGAGCUCACUUCGAUCAAAUGGCAGGUCGCCGCAUCUGCCUCCAGCAACCGCAGGACCCGUCGUGCUAGCCAAGACCAAUAACAUUGAGGCUCCACGGCUGAUUCAAUAUUUGAGGGAGAAUAGAGACGCCAAGGUCUUGUUUCUUGACAUCCGUCCGCGACCGGAUUUUGAGCGCCAGCACAUUGAUAUGCCUUCUGUUGCAUGCAUUGACCCCCUGGUCUGCCGCGACAAUGUCCAUUGUCAAGACCUCGAAGAUUCAUUUGCUGUUGCGCCCGAAGAAGAGCUCAAGAUGUUUGAAGCAAGGCACGAGUACAAUCUCAUUGUCUUCUACGACAAUAAAAGCACGAUGCUGGAUGAUCCCCGGAAUGACGACUUGUACACACACAAAGUGCUAAAAAAUAUGUAUACUGCCUUGUGGGAAAAGAGUGGCUGGCGUAAACCCCUGUCGCGACCUCCGAUGUUGCUUGUUGGUGGCAUCAACGCUUGGAUGCGGGCUGGAGGCGCCAUUGUGAACAUGCCCAAUGAUGAUGGGACACACACGCCACCAAGCAAGAGUUCUGUCGGUGCAGUACUCGCCUCUCCACCUGUCACGCCCGAACAGUCUGAGAAGCAACGCAAUCGUGUCAUUAGUGUCAUUGGGCCUCGCAAUGGUGAUAUGCCGUACGCACGGUCUGUGCAAGAGUACAUCGCCAACUAUGUGGAUCGGAAAAGCUCACAGUCUAUGGUCAGCCCGGUCGAGUCUUUUGCAAAGCUGAAGCUCAAGCCGCUGCCCGUGCCCAAUACUGCGCCGCUCUCUGUGCGCUUGCCACAAAACAAGGUGCCCUCACCAUACUUGAUCGAUGCAAAUGUGCGUAGACCGCCGCAAGGGCCUGCAAGUCGUCCUCUACCUGCUUUUGCGCGGCAACCUUCCAUUGGCGGUCAAAUCAGUCGUCUUGGACAGGUCACUAUUGGCAAGACGGGACUCAAAAACUUGGGCAAUAGCUGCUUCAUGAAUGCGGUCUUGCAAUGCCUGAGUGCAUGCUUUCCCCUUGCUCGUUACUUUACAAGUGGCCGAUACAAGGAGGAUGUCAACUUGAGCAAUCCACUCGGCUACAAGGGAGACAUCGCACGCAGAUUUGCAGAGUUGCUGAGAGAUUUGGCGUCUGACGACAAUACCGUCGUAGCACCAGUCAAUUUGCGGGCUCAGAUUGGCAAGAUCCGGCCAGAGUUUGCGAGCAACAACCAAGAAGAUGCUCAAGAGUUGAUGGUGUUUCUGCUUGAUGGACUGCACGAAGAUCUGAAUGGUCAUGCACAACGGCCCAAUUUGCGCGAGCUUACAGAAGCCGAGGAAGAAGUCAAGGAACGUAUGCCGGACCUCAAAGUCUCGUCUAUCGAAUGGGCAAGGUACCAGCACCGAAACAAGAGUGUCAUUGUUGAUCUGUUCCAAGGACAAUUGCAAAGCAGAUUGCGUUGCCUCACUUGUGGCCAUCAGUCGACGACGUAUAAUGCCUUCACAAGCUUGUCGCUCCCAAUCCCGAAGCAACCGCAUCUGUCGCUCACAUCAUGCCUUGAUGAAUUUGUUAAGAGCGAAUCAAUGGACGGCGAAGACUCUUGGCAUUGUGCCAAGUGUAAGACGCUACGCAAGGCAACCAAGCGACUAGCCAUUUCCAAACUGCCCGACGUGCUGCUCAUUCAUUUCAAGCGCUUCGAGACGAAGGGGCCCUGGCGUGACAAGAUCAACGUCGACAUCUCUUUCCCACUCAAGGCACUCGACAUGACGGACUAUCUCGGCCACUUGGGUGGAGACCAGGUUUCGUCUAUUUAUGACUUGUUUGGCAUAGUCUACCAUCGUGGAUCCAUGGAAGGCGGGCACUACACUGCCAUGGUGAGUGCUGACCCAACCAAUGACUGGACUCUCUUUGAUGACUCGCGUGUGGCACCAUCGAAUCAGAUUGACGGGCGUGCGGCAUACAUAUUGUUUUAUCAGAAGCGCAGUCAAGCUAUAUAGCUUUGUAUCAUUUUACCUUCAAGC